UGUUUUUUUUUAUUUGUUGGGGGGAGGGGGGGCUAAAAUCCAACCAUUUGAUUUUCAGUGUUCCUGACGUGCUUGCUGAAAAUCUGUAUGCCUGUUUUUCAACUACAUCUGAAGUGCUUGUAAACAAAACCAAAUGUCUUUAGCAAAUGAACUGUAUUUUUACGUAUUUCAUAGCUGAUUUUUCAAAUUAACAAAUACGUUUCCUUAACUUUUAGUGACUGAAUGCCAAUAAUCUGUACGAAACCACGUCGUUUGCACUCUAAACGGCAAAGGGGCAAUUUGUAUACGUAGGCUAGAUGUGCCCUUGUGUACUUGCUACAUGGUACAAAUAAUUUCUUUGAAUGUCCCGCGGCCCGGUACAAAUUUGUAUCUGAUUAAGAUGUGCACGAGGACACAUCUAGCCUACGUACAAAAACUGUCCCUCAUUAGUUAGUGUGUAUGUUGUUUUUCAACGAUAACAUGUACUCGUGUUACUCUUAGACUUGGGUUCCCUGCAGUCUGCGCAUGCUUGUGCGGUAUUUGCAUGACGGCUUGUUUUGCUUCGCUUAUGGGUGGUGGGCUACCCAGUCCUGGCGCAUUCUCAACUCACAAAUUCGUUUUCUUACAGGUGGUGGUGAGCAGAGCCCUGCGCAUCUAAACCUAGUCGUAGAGGAGUGCUACUCUCUGCGUGCAGAUCAGUUCUCCAGCGACGACGACCUAAUAAUAUUCGAGGACUACAAGCCAGUCAGUAAACACACGAGUUCGACAGGCGACUAUGCUACAACUGGAAACGGUCAAGAGGACAGCCAGCGCCUCGUCGAUUUAGAUGAAGUAGAUCUCAAGGUUACCCUUGCUGUAAAACGUGAAGAUGAUCUGAGCAGUGAGCCAAAUGAGCAGGAAAGACACUUUACGUCACAGAGCGCUGAUGAAGAAGGAGAAGAGGGUCAGAAGGCUGACCAGUGUCUCGUUGAGGUCGUGGACGAUGUGCAGGGCGUGCCCAAUCAACCGGAUGUCCAAGUCGAGUCAAAGAUAACCGGUGAGAUACCAAAUCAAAGUGAUGUUUGCAAGAAAGUUGUCAAAGGUCGCCUCUUAAAGUCGAAGCACAUCAGAAAAAUAAACAUGAAUAUGAAUCACACCAAAGUCAUGUCCAGUCGAAAUGAUUUUGCUAAAGGAGCUACUAUGGACCGCCCUAUUAUGUCGAAGGACACUACCGAGAUACCCGAUCGAAUUGAUGUGUCCGAAGAACCUAGUAACGAUCGUCCCAGUAAGUCAAAGCGUAAAAUUAAGGUACCGAUUAAGUCGGAGCAACCCAGUGAGAUACCAAUUCGGAGUGAUGUUGCCAAAGAACCUUUGGAAGGCCGCCCCUUGAAGACAAAGCACACCAGUGAGAUAUCAACUCUAAGUGAUACUUUUAAAGGACCUGCUCAUGACGGCCUCAGUAAGUCAAAGCGCUCCAAUAUGAUACUUAAUCAAAGUGAUGUUCCCGCAGAACCUACUCUCCUUUCUAUCAAGAAGUUGAAGCACAAAAUUAAGACACAUAUAAAGUCGAAACACACGAGUGAGAUACCCAAUCGAAGUGAUGUUGGUGAAGAACCUGCUGAAGGCCUCCAUAUUAAGUCGGAGCAGACCAGUGAGAUACCUAAUAGAAUUGAUUGUUGUGAAGAUUCUACUAAUGACGGCCUCAAGUCUAAGAGCUCCACUAAGGUACCAAAUCGAAGCGAUGUUUCUUCAGACCUCCAUAUCAAGUUCAAAAUUAAGAUACCCACAAAGUCGAAGCACACCAAUAAGAUAGACAAUGAAAGAGACGUUGCCGGGAAAUCUGCUGACCGUCCCAUUAAGUCGGAGUCCACCAGUGAGAUACUUAAUCGCAAUGAUGUUUCCGCAAAAUCUACCGAAAAACAUCCUAUGAAGGUGAAGCAAAAAAUUAAGUUACCCAUCACGUCGAAGCAUACCAGAAUGAUACCCAAUCGAUGUGAUGUUGCUCAAGAAUCAACGAAAGAUCGCUCCAUCAAGUUGAAGAGGAAAAUUGAUUUACCGAAUCAACGUGAUUUUUCCGAGGAACCUACCCAAGACAGCCCCAAGUUGAAGCACAAAAUUAGGAUUCCGAAACGAUGUGAUGAUGCCGACGAUCCUGAUAGAGACCGCCCCAUGAAGCGGGAGCCCACCAGUGAGAUGCCUAAUAGAGGUGAUGUCUCCGCAGAACCUACUAACGACCGUAUCAAAUUAACGCACAACAUUAAGACACCUAUAAAGCACGCGGAAGAUGAUUCAGAUGAACACCGCCCCGUCAAGCCGAAGAACACUAGCGAGAUGCCUACCCAAAAUGAUGUAUUUGAAGAACAUGCACACUACCGUCCUAUCAUUAUAACACGAAUGAAGGUUAGUACGGGCAUGAGACCAUAUGAAUGCGACGUCUGCCCGAAACGUUUUAAAUCUGAUGUUGUCCUGCACUCUCACAUGAAGAGGAGACAUGCUCCGGAAGGACAUACUCAGUGUUACGUUUGUAAAAAGAUACUCUCUUCUAAAUCGUCCCUCAGUCAACAUCUUGUAAGGAUGCACACGCGUGAGAAGUUUGAAUGCCCCGUGUGCAGGGCUACUUUUAAUCAGAAACAUUUCCUUGUCUCACACACUUUGAAGACCCAUUCUGACUGGCUUCGUCGGCGGCGUGAGCGCGCUGCAGUAAGACUGAAGCAUCAAAACCAAUCAUGAUGUAGACUCUACUGACUUUUCGUGUUAAGACUAUUUUCCUUUCUAUUUUUACCUUGACAUUUCCGUUAAUAUGCUUGCUGCAAAUAGUUUAAUUGUUACUUUCAAAAUCAGAUUUAUACUUUACCUUAUUUUAUAAGUGUAUUGUACCUCAAAUGAGUGUAAUCAAAGUAACAGGCUUCUAUCAUGAAACUGUACUAUGUUUAAUUU